AUCCUCUAUCGGUGAUGUACGCUCUGCUUUCAUCGACGCCCACCUUGUCGAGGGUCCGAGGGCGACCAUUGGCGGAUUGCACGCAAGAGAACGUCAUGCCUCCGCGAGCUUGGCGCCAUCGGCCCUUCCGGAUGCCACACAACCCUCGUCGAGUGUCUCGCGAACCGUGCUGGCAGCAACGGACGAUGCGCCCCUUUUUCACCGCACUGCAACCCGCCGCCGUACAUGUUGCCCAGGCUAGAGGUGCUCGUCAUCCUCCCGCUGCUCGGCUCGAACCGUUUGAAAACCACGAUGCCCCCACCUUCUGGACGCGUAUGCGAAGGUUUUCGGGAAUGCGACUGGUCACAGAGGGCGCAGGCAUCUGCCAGCAGGACGCCGACGAGUUCCGGGGCGUCCCCGAGGUGCAGAUGCCGGCCAUGAGUUGCGAAGGAUCGGAGAGAAGUCUUGACAACGUGUACUUUGCGGCUGGUUUUGGCGACCAAUCUUACGAUCCCGGGCCCGGGCGGCAACAAAGAGCUAGAAUCAUUCAUGGCUUGAUCGCCAGUCUUGCGCUGAGUGUGUUCUCUGUCUCAGUCGGUGGUUGUUGUCCUCCGCAGACUUCGCGGCAGACUUUGGCGAAGGAUUUCAACGAUCUCCGCCUCGGACGGCAGUAAAGAGCCAGGUCAG